GUUGUCAAAAAUUUCUUUUUUUCCCAAUUUUGCGCCACAGCAAUUUUGGUUUUUGGGGUUUUUCACCUGAAAAUUCUAUUUGAUAGCAAAAACCGAGUGAAAAUAUUGUAGAUAAGUGAUACAUGGGCAUUUGUGGCUAGAAAUUCAAGCAAAAAUGUCAAAGGAUAUUCGCUCCUAUUUCUCCAUAUCUCUCAAAGCGUCUGGUUCUGGAAAAGCCCCCACAAGUAAAAAUGUUCCGGAAAGACCAUCAAAGGGGAGGAAAAAGAAACUUGUUGUUUCCAGUGAUGAGGAUGAAGUUGUACCUCCAACUCCGGAGCCACCAAAGAAGCUAAAACGUGAAAAAUCCCGAGAAAAGCUGGUGAAGAGAAGAAGGGUUAUUGAAUCCGAUGAUGAGGAUAGCAAGCAAAAGGAUGCAAAACCCAAUCUUAAGAAGCUCAAGAAGGAGAAGAGCUCUGAACCGGAUGUCCCGAAGAAGGUUGUCAAUUCCUUCAGUGAAAUGUACAACAAUAAGCCGGUGGAGAUGGUUUUCAAGAAGAAGAAAACUCCCCAGAAAUCUGUUGAUGCGCUCUUUGAGUCCGACGAUGAGUUCAAUCAAGUCGCUGGCAUGCUAGAUGAGAAUGAUGGUGGAGAGAAGAAGCUGAGAAAGUCCAAAACUCCCCAGAAAACUAAUGAAAAGGAAAAGGAAACUGCGAAGAAGAUUCCCAAGAAGAAACUCGAUGAAAGUGAUUUCCAUUCUGAUGAGGAAUUUGUGAAGACAGUCAAGAAUCUCGAUGUGGUCAAUGGGAGACAUAAAACACCCAAAAAGACCCCCAAGAAGGAUGCAAAUGAGAAUGUUCCUAAAUCUUCCGGGAAGAAACACAAAUCUGGGGAGAAGCGUUCAAAACCAGUAGAAAAAGCUGCAAAAUCUGUUGAGAAGGCUCCUAAAUCCGUUGAAAAAUCUUCAAGGUCAGCUAAAAAGGAUUCCAAAGCAUCAGAAAAGCAUUCAAAGGCAUUAGAUAAGGUUUCUAAAUCACUUGAUUAUGCGGAAUCAUCAUCAAAGGCAUCACAAAAGGCCGAUAAAACCCCGAAAAGUACAGAAAAGCCCCACAAAACUACAGAAAAGCCCCACAAAACUAUAGAAAAACUCGAAAAGGCUUCAAAGUCUACAGAAAAACUUCCCAAGAGUGCGGAGAAACGUCACAAAACUCCGGAAAAAACCCCAAAAUCCACUGAAAAAUCAAAGAAGCAUGCUGAGAAUGCCACAACUGCCCUCAAAGCAGAAACAAAGGCUCCCGAAACUGAGGCAGCUGCCACUCCGGAGGAUAAGAAGAAAUUGGCAGCAAUUAUGUAUCAGAAAUUCCACAAUCGCACCUCCUGCAUCAAUCCUGGGAGCAAGGAAGUCCCCCAGGGAGCACCAAAUUGUCUCGCGGGGCUGAGUUUUAUUAUUACGGGUAUUCUGGAGUCUCUGCAGCGUGAGGAGGCAACACAGUUAAUUAAGGAUCUCGGGGGACGCGUGAUGGGGAAUGUUUCAAAGAAAACGGAUUAUGUUGUGCUGGGAGAAGAGGCUGGACCGGCAAAAUUAAAGAAAAUCGAAGAGUUCUCCACGAAGAAGCUCACCGAAGAUGGGUUAUUUGAUCUCAUCCGGGAGAAGAGUGCUGGGAAGAUUAAAAUGGAAGAUAAGAAAACUCCCGGAAGCUCUGCAGGGAAGAGAAAAUCCGCUGAACCAGGUGAAGCUGGAGGGAAGAGGGUGAAAAAGGAGGAAGAAGCGGUGAAAGUUGAUCUCAAUGUGACAGGAAGUGUGGGAGGGAAGCUUCCAUGGGUCGAUAAGUAUGCCCCAUCGACGUCCAAGCAGAUCAUUGGGCAGCAGGGAGCUGCAAGUAAUCUCGUAAAGCUCACAAAUUGGCUGACAAAAUGGUACUCAAAUCACGAUGGAACGAAGAAACUUCAGCGCCCGAGUCCGUGGGCAAAGUCCGAUGAUGGAGCUUUCUUCAAGGCUGCCCUGCUGUCCGGACCACCGGGUGUGGGCAAGACGACAACAGCUACACUCGUGUGCCGUGAAUUGGGCUUCGAUGUUGUGGAAUUCAAUGCAUCAGAUACGAGAUCGAAGCGCCUGCUGAAGGAACAAGUGUCGGAGCUUCUGUCCAAUAAAUCCCUCUUCGGCUUCUGCCACAAUGCCAAGGUGGCUGUGUCCAAGAAGCACGUCCUGCUUAUGGAUGAAGUGGAUGGAAUGGCUGGGAAUGAGGAUCGUGGGGGCAUUCAGGAGCUCAUUGCACUCAUCAAGGACUCCUCCGUGCCAAUUAUUUGCAUGUGUAACGACAGGAAUCAUCAGAAGAUGCGCUCCCUGGUGAACUAUUGCUACGAUCUCCGUUUCCAGCGACCACGUGCGGAGCAGAUCAAGGGCGCCAUGAUGUCGGUGUGCUUCAAGGAGAAACUCAAACUAGCUCCGGGAGUUCUGGAUGAGAUUAUUGCCUCCACAAAUCAUGACGUCCGUCAAACACUCAACAUCCUGUCAAUGCUCAAUGCCAAGAAGAGUGAUUCAGGCAUCGAUGCUGGUGGUCAGAGUUCCAAAAAGGAUCUCAAGCUGGGCCCAUGGGAUGUUGUCCGGAAGGUCUUUUCGGCUGAGGAACAACGAAAGAUGUCAAUUCAGGAUAGGAGUGAUCUCUUCUUCCAUGACUACAGUAUUGGACCACUAUUUGUCCAGGAAAACUACCUCUCAGUCACUCCAAGGGGAAUCCCGAAGAACUAUGCAAUCUUCCACGCUGCCGAAGCUGCGGAUUCCCUGAGUUUGGGCGAUUUGGUUGAUCGACGCAUUCGCUCCAAUAUGGCAUGGUCACUCCUUCCCACGCAGGCAAUCUUCAGCUCUGUCCUCCCUGGGUACUACAUGCAGGGCUUCUUUACGGGACAAAUUGAAUUCCCCGGAUGGCUGGGCAAGAACUCCAAGCGCAACAAACGCAUGCGUUUGGCUCAGGAGAUAAAUGAUCACAUCCGGAUUACAGCUUCAGGAUCACGGGAGAGUGUAUGCAUGGACUAUGCUCCCAAUCUCCUGGCAGCUAUUGUUAAUCCACUAAAAGAGAAGGGAUCAGAAGGUGUUCCUGAUGCUAUAAAUGUGAUGAAGAAGUAUCGUCUACUGCGUGAGGACAUUGAGGGACUUGUGGAGCUCUCAGUGUAUCCCGGAAAGAAGAAUCCCUUGGAUGGGAUUGAUGGGAAAGUCAAAGCAGCACUAACGAGGACCUACAACAAGGAAGUCUGUCCCUUUGUCUACUCAGCGAAUGCAGCAACGAAGAAGAAGAAAGCUGGAGGAGCUGCAGAUGCGGAUGAAAUGAUGGAGGGAGAGGAUGGAGAAGAAGUUCAGCAUCAGUCAGAUGAGGAGGAAGAUGAUAAAAUUGAUAAUGAUGCCCUGAUAAAAGCCAAAAAGAGAGCUCCGGCAAAAGCAAAGAAGGAAGAACCCGUUGCAUCAACCUCAAAAGGCUCCACAGCUAAAAAGGGGGCCUCCAGCUCGAAAGGAAAGUCCUCCGGAAAGUCUAAGAAAAAAUAAUAAGGAACAAAAUUCUAUUGUAUAAAAUUUCUUUCAUAUUGUUUUCAAUAAAUUUUUGAAUUUCAACAAAAA